GUGCGACACUUACCUCGACCGACUGCUCGAGGAGGACGACCCCAAGAAUGAGGUAGAGGAUGAGUACAAGGCCAAGAAGAACAAGGUCUUCAUGUGGCAGGCGCGCCGCCUCUUCGCUCAGAAGCACCUGCGCGCGUACUCGACCAGGGAGACCAACACCACCAAAUUUGAUUUCAUGGACUACGUGCGCACUGUCAAGGGCAUAAAUGUUGUAGCGACCGUCGCGGACACUUCUGCCGCUGAGGCCCCGCCCGCUGAGGGCGCGAUAGCGGGCACCAUUCCAGAGGCACCGGCUAUCGCGGACGCCGCUCCAGCGGACGCCGCCCCAGCAGACGCCGCGGCGGCUCCGGCAGACGCCGCACCAGCCAGCGCUGCACCGGACGAUGCCACCAUGGAGCCGGCAGGCGGUGCCGGCGCGGCGGUUGCCGAGGCCCCCAGCGCGGCCUCCGCCGCAGACGCCCCGGCCGACGCUGCGCCCGCCGCAGCAGUGGAGAUCGAUGGUGAGGCUGGGCAGCAGACCAGCACAGCUGGCAAGCGCAGCGCUGACACGGCCGGCGUUGUCGCGGAGCCGGAGGCGAAGAAAGCCAAGACGUGAUCAGGCUACCAGGUGCCAGCUUGCGCGCUGCCAUAUGAGGCUUAGGAUCUGGUGCGCGGCUGCUGCGUGCAGGGCGCGUGUGAUCGAGUCAUGGCUCGCGACCAAAAGAGAGACGCUCGCACCA